CAUUUAUCAUGACUAUAAAUACAAGAAUACCGAAAAAUAUAACUUACUUAUUGAGAACCUUUAAACUAAAUAAAUAUUUUUCAUUGCAGAUGUUACUAAACUUGAUGUUCUGUUCGGUAUUAAUAAUACUGGUGACAGCAGAAUCUCAGAUACCAAAGAAUGAUCCAUGGAAAGUGAGUCCUCAAGUAAACAGAGACGAAAAUGGUAAUACCAAUGCAGGUAUUGAAGUUGAAAGAAAAGGAGACAAACACGAUGUUGAAGCAGGAUGGAAGAAGGUAGUUCGAGGACCAAAUAAAUCAAAACCAACCUGGCACGUAGGUGGUACUAUUAGGUAUAGGAGAUCUCCCAAAGAACCUUGGGAAGUGAGUCCUAAAGUGAACAGAGACGAAAAUGGCAAUACCAAUGCAGAAAUUGAAGUUAAAAGAAAAGGAGAGCAACACGACGUUGAAGCAGGAUGGAAGAAGGUAGUUCGAGGACCAAAUAAAGCAAAACCAACUUGGCACGUAGGUGGUACUAUUAGGUAUAGGAGAUCUCCCAAAGAACCUUGGGAAGUGAGUCCUAAAGUAAACAGAGACGAAAAUGGCAAUACCAAUGCAGAAAUUGAAGUUAAAAGAAAAGGAGAGCAACACGAUGUUGAAGCAGGAUGGAAGAAGGUAGUUCGAGGACCAAAUAAAGCAAAACCAACUUGGCACGUAGGUGGUACUAUUAGGUAUAGGAGAUCUCCCAAAGAACCUUGGGAAGUGAGUCCUAAAGUAAACAGAGACGAAAAUGGCAAUACCAAUGCAGAAAUUGAAGUUAAAAGAAAAGGAGACAAGCACGAUGUUGAAGCAGGAUGGAAUAAGGUAGUUCGAGGACCAAAUAAAGCAAAACCAACUUGGCACGUAGGUGGUACUAUUAGGUAUAGGAGAUCUCCCAAAGAACCUUGGGAAGUGAGUCCUAAAGUAAACAGAGAGGAAAAUGGCAAUACCAAUGCAGAAAUUGAAGUUAAAAGAAAAGGAGAGCAACACGAUGUUGGAGCAGGAUGGAAGAAGGUAGUUCGAGGACCAAAUAAAGCAAAACCAACUUGGCACGUAGGUGGUACUAUUAGGUAUAGGAGAUCUCCCAAAGAACCUUGGGAAGUGAGUCCUAAAGUAAACAGAGACGAAAAUGGCAAUACCAAUGCAGAAAUUGAAGUUAAAAGAAAAGGAGACAAGCACGAUGUUGAAGCAGGAUGGAAGAAGGUAGUUCGAGGACCAAAUAAAGCAAAACCAACUUGGCACGUAGGUGGUACUAUUAGGUAUAGGAGAUCUCCCAAAGAACCUUGGGAAGUGAGUCCUAAAGUAAACAGAGACGAAAAUGGCAAUACCAAUGCAGAAAUUGAAGUUAAAAGAAAAGGAGAGCAACACGAUGUUGAAGCAGGAUGGAAGAAGGUAGUUCGAGGACCAAAUAAAUCAAAACCAACUUGGCACGUAGGUGGUACUAUUAGGUAUAGGAGAUCUCCCAAACAACCUUGGGAAAUAAGUCCUCAAGCAAACAGAGACGAAAAUGGCAAUACCAAUGCAGGAGUUGAAGUUAAAAGAAAAGGAGACAAGCACGAUGUUGAAGCUGGAUGGAACAAAGUAGUUCGAGGACCAAAUAAGGCAAAACCAACCUGGCACGUAGGUGGUACUCUCAGAUUUAAGAGGUCAAUAGAAUCACAAAAUUAAACACUCGCGAUUUUGACCUGUUUGUUUAUUUAUUAUAUUGAGCCCAAGAUCUCCAUUGUGCAUGUUUUAUUUAAUAUUAUUUAUUUAUGUAUACCAAAUAUUUUUUAUAUGUUUUGACUGAAAUAAAUCCAUUGUUUUGAUUACGUUAAA